GGGUUGCGAGAACUCUAUCAUUAUUCCAAUUUCCAUUGAGGAGUGCUGAACACAAGCAAAAUGUGUGGAAUUUGGGCCAUCUUUGGUAGUGACGACGACGUCUCCAAACAGUGCGAGAGCUGCCUGCGCAUCAAGCACAGGGGUCCGGAUGCAUUCAGGAUUGAGAAUGUCAACCACUUCAAAAACUGCUGCUUCGGAUUCCAUCAUCUAGCCAUCCAGGAUGACGUAUUUGGUAUGCAGCCGCUCAGGGUACUCGACUACCCAAACCUCUGGGUCAUCUUCAACGGCGAAAUAUAUAACUGCGAUCGACUGGCAGAAGAAUUCGGCUUCAGAUACAGUACCCACUCAGACGGUGAAUCCAUCCUCCAUCUUUACAACCACGGCGGCGCAGAAUUUAUGGCCAAACACCUUGACGGCAUCUUCGCCUUCUGUCUGCUCGACGUCAAAGAGAGGAAGGUGAUCAUUGGUCGAGAUACCUACGGGGUCAAGCCGUGCUUCAGAUUCAUCACCGAACACGGUUUCCUUGCCGUCUGCUCUGAGGUCAAAGGUCUUCUCGGCCUAUCUCAUACCAAAGAUGACGACAAAAUCGAGAUCACUCCACUUUCUCCAGGACAUAUUGAGACAUAUGACCUUUGUGUCAAUGGCAAGGUCACAUUCGGAUCAAAACAGAGAUUUCACAGUAUCGGAGAGGCACCUACUUAUAAGACUCUAGUCACGCCAAAUGGCGAAUGUGAUAUUUUCCACAACAUCCGCAGCCUCUUCGAAGCAGCAGUUGAGAAGCGUCUGAUGUCGAUGAGACGUAUUGGGUGUCUCCUGUCUGGGGGUCUAGAUUCAAGCCUUGUUGCUUCACUGGUGGCCAAGAAGAUCAAGGAGCACCACCUUCCCUACCCACUACAGACAUUCUCUAUUGGGAUGCAGGGUAGCCCUGAUGUGAUGGCAGCAAGAAAGGUAUCGAGACACAUAGGCAGCGAACAUCAUGAAAUCACGUUUACAGCUGAGGAGGGAAUAGCAGCUGUGAGAGAAGUCAUCAAAUUUAUUGAAUCAUACGAUAUCACAACUAUCAGGGCAUCUGUGGGAAUGUUCCUUGUUUGUAAAUACAUCAGCCAAAACACGGACACGGUGGUGAUAUUUUCCGGUGAAGGCGCAGAUGAGCUGGCUCAAGGAUACAUCUAUUUAAAAAACGCACCAACACCCGAAGAGGCCGCUAAAGAAUCUCUUAGAUUACUACAAGAUCUGCAUUAUUUUGAUGUUUUGAGAGCGGAUAGAACGACAAGUGCAUGGGGCCUUGAAUGCCGCGUCCCCUUCCUGGACCAUCAGUUCACUUCAUACUACCUCUCCCUCUCAACCGACUCAAGAUUCCCAAAAGAUGGUGUCACAGAAAAAUAUCUCAUCAGACAAGCUUUUGACAGCACCGGGCUUCUUCCCAAGGAAAUCUUAUGGCGACCUAAGGAGGCUUUUAGCGAUGGCGUCAGCUCAAAGGAAAAAUCUUGGUUUGAGAUUCUUCAAGAUCAUGUUUGCACACUGGUGACAGAUGACAUGUUUGACGAUGCGCCAAAGACAUAUCCCUUUAACCCACCAAAGUCAAAAGAGGCAUUUUACUACCGACAAGUAUUCGAGGAAUUUUACCCGGGAAAGGCUGAAUUGAUACCAUAUUACUGGAUGCCGAAAUGGUCGCAGACAACCGACCCGUCUGCCAGGACACUCAGUGUUUACAGGGACACUGAUGAAAAACAUCAGAAGACAAUUCAACAUCAUUCACAUGGGGAAAAGUAGAGCUUUUGUUGAACAGUUGUUAUUCUUAUAAAUAUUCUUGAACUACAUGUAAUUCAAACGCCUAAUUUUGAUAUACAUGUAAUGUCCAUUCAACUUCGGUAUCUGUUUUCCAUGACGCUGCGGUUAUUACAAUAUUAAAAGUGGCAUGCCAUUGUGCAGUUGUGACUUCAUACAGCUGAAUUGGCCUGUGUGCAGUGUGAAGUGCAAAUAAAGUAUAUAUCUCUUUCACAGAAGUGGUAAGAAAUAUUAUUUGGAAAAUGAAAGUCGACUAUACAAUUGUAGAUUUUUUGACAUUUUUUAUGGCUUCAUCAGUUCGUAACAGGAUUGACAACUUGCCCGAUUUUGUAAAUAAAAGAUUUUGCAUAUCACAUAUAUAAAUGUUCAUGUAUCAAUUAUUGUUAUCAUAAAUUAAACUCAAAAAUAAAAAAUAUUUCUCUCA